AGAUUUAUAUAUACAUAAAGGCAAAAAUCGUGCUCGCAUACAGAUAUAUAACUACAUAUACAUAGUUUCGUGCAUUUUUUCCGCACUGGUACGAACCGGUCAGAACCGAAAACAAAAAUAACAAAUUGUGUGGCCUUUUGAAAAUUAUUGACAAUAUUUUCUAGUCGCGACAUUGGUAGGCAAAAUAAACGACAGUGCCUAUAAGACAAAUAAUUUGUAAGCCUAUUAAGGCCUACAUUUGAGCAUAACAAAAUAUAAAUAUAAAAAACACACACUCUUUGGUUGUAGUGAAAGUUAAUAACUUGGUCUUGAAAUGUUUCCGAAUCAAAAUAAUUUGGCUGCUGCUGGUGCAGCCAACGAUGCGCAACAACAAAACCUCAACUACAAUGGACUGCAGCAACAGCAACAACAACAGCAGCCACAACAGCAACAGCAACAGCAGCAACAAACUCAACAAUUAACACAGUCUGCAAAGAAUGUGAGGAAGAAACCUUAUGUCAAGAUCACUGAACAGCCGGCGGGCAAGGCCUUGCGCUUUCGUUAUGAGUGCGAGGGUCGCUCGGCGGGCUCCAUACCCGGGGUGAAUUCAACGCCUGAGAAUAAAACCUAUCCGACCAUAGAGAUUGUGGGCUACAAAGGACGCGCUGUUGUAGUCGUGUCCUGUGUGACAAAGGAUACGCCAUAUCGUCCACAUCCGCAUAAUCUCGUUGGCAAGGAGGGCUGCAAGAAGGGCGUCUGCACGCUGGAGAUCAGCAGCGAGACCAUGCGCGCUGUCUUCAGCAAUCUGGGCAUACAGUGUGUGAAGAAGAAGGACAUUGAGGCAGCGCUUAAGGCGCGUGAGGAAAUACGCGUGGACCCAUUUAAAACUGGUUUCUCACAUCGUUUCCAGCCCUCGAGCAUUGAUCUGAACUCAGUGCGCUUGUGCUUUCAAGUCUUCAUGGAGAGCGAGCAGAAGGGCCGCUUCACAUCACCGCUGCCCCCAGUGGUGUCGGAGCCCAUCUUCGACAAGAAGGCCAUGUCGGACCUGGUCAUCUGUCGCCUGUGCAGCUGCUCGGCCACUGUGCUGGGCAACACGCAGAUCAUCUUGCUGUGCGAGAAAGUGGCCAAAGAGGACAUCACUGUGCGCUUCUUCGAGGAGAAGAACGGGCAGACUGUGUGGGAGGCCCUGGGUGAUUUUCAGCACACGGAUGUGCAUAAGCAGACUGCCAUUACCUUUAAGACGCCGCGCUACCACACACUGGAUAUAACAGAGCCUGCCAAGGUUUUCAUACAACUGCGUCGUCCCUCGGAUGGCGUCACCAGCGAGGCUCUACCCUUCGAAUAUGUGCCAUUGGAUUCAGGUAGGCAUACGUUUUGGAAUCUUCAUCGGCAUCUCAAGCGGAAGCCCGACGAAGACAUAUUUCAGCAAAUACUUAGGCUCGAUGGAAGCGCUGCCAAGCGCGAGAUGCCGACCAUUGAGGUGAUUGAUCUCAAUACACCUACGCUGGAGCAGCCAGAACCAACACUGCUGGAGCUGGUGUCGGAUCAGGUGCCACAGGAUAUGGAGCAAGUGGCUGCUGAGGCUGCAGCUGCAGCUGAAGCUGAGGCGGAGGCUCAACGCUUGCGCACAGAGCAGGAAAUUGAUACGAUUAUAGAUGAGAAGGUGCGUGAGUUGGAGCAGCAGGAAUUGGAGCAGCAGCUGGUGAUGCCAGAGCCAGAGCCAGAGCCAGAGCUAGUGCCUGAGCCACAUGUGUUGUCGGCUAAUGACAAGAUCAACGAAUGGAUGAAGUCCAAUGAGCUGGAACAGCAACCACAUGAGCCAAGUCCGCCACCAGGCAAUGCAAGCGAUGCCACAGACAGCACCGUGGAGACUCAAGUGGCUGCCAACGAGGAGGACAAGACCCUGAAUAAGCUGCUGGAGCAGGUGGCCGAGCUGGACGAGAUCUAUACGGACUUUGUCAUGCAGCGCGAUACCUACAACAACACGCUGCAGAAUGAACUGCAGACCACGGAGCGUCCAGCCAUGCAGGUGGACGAUAGCUUCGAUGACGCUGCCACCUAUACGAGCCUGCAGAUCGCCUUUAAGAAUCCCGUCAUCAUACCCAUGGACGACGUCAUGCCACCCACACCGCCCAUGUCGCAAUGCGCGCCCGAAGAUGCUCAACACUACGAUGCAGUGGAGGUCAACUCCCAGCAGCUGUCGAUCUCCUCGCAGCAGACACUGGAGCCCUCGCUCGACGACCAGCUAGACAUGGAGGCCGCCCUGCUGCUGGUCUGCGAUGAGGAAAAGCUGCCACCAUUGCCACCAAAGCGCCUGCGCAAGCAGGACAGCAAUGCCGAGAACCGCUCCAUUGACGCCAACACCAGCGACACCAACGAGCCGGCGCCGCCAGUGCGCGAAAAGCCACGCCUACCGCCGCCCAUUAUACAUCCGCGCAUGGCGGAGCUGAGCAGAGCGCCCACCAAGCGUCUGCCACAGCCGCCGAGCAAGGAGAAGGAGAAGGACAAGGGCAAGCCCAAGCCCACAACCAAUCCCAACUUUAAUACGCUGCCGCGCCAGAAGAAGCCUGGCUUCUUCUCCAAGCUCUUCUCGCGCCGCAAGAGCAAGCCGGAGCUGAUGCACCAAAGCAACGAGAAUUGCGCGCGUCUGGACAGCAAGCUGAGCAGCAGCAAUGCGGCUCGCAGUGAGCCCAGCUUGGCGCAGUUCAACGCGCGCGAUCCGUUGCGAGCCUCUCAGCGCUCGGCCAAAUCGUUCAAUCAAAGCAAAUCCGCCAACGCCAGUCCGCUAAAGAGCAGCAGUGGCGCGGCGGCGGCGGCGGCGUCCAGGAGAGCCAACAAACAGGGCAAGCCGGUGGGACGCAGCGUCAGCAGCGUCUCGUGCAAGCGUCCGGCAUAUCUCAAUGCAGAUGUGGUGCACAUACCGCUCAAGGGUGACAGUGCUAGCAGCUUGCAGGCGCCCCAUGAGGGCUACUCCAACUCCAGCACUAUCACCGUGGGUGGUCAACUGGACAGACGCACUGCCUCGGCGCUGCAGCUGGCGGAGAUUCCGAUCAGCGACGGCGGCAUGGAGCUGGUGGCCAUUGCCGACCGUCAGAGUCUGCACAACUUGGUCAGCUCAAUCGAAGCGCACUUCAAUGUGCAAAUGGAUCCCAACCUGGAUCUCACCGAGGUGGAGCACUUUGCGCUCUAUACCAGCGUCCCACCACAGGCCACGGCCAGCGAGUUUGACGAAACCUCCGCCUACUAUGCGCCCGUCGAUGCGGGCGAGAUCUUGACGCCCGAUCAGGUGGCCAAGCGUCUGGCGGCGGCCAACAGCAGCAGCUGCAAUUGAAUUGAGCUGCUGCUGCUGCUGCUGCUGGAUGGAAAUCGAAACUUUUGAAAUAUUGCAUAAUUGUCUUUGUUUUUAGGCCUGCGAUCGAAGCAAUCGACUGCACAAGUAAUUUGUCUGGUCAUGAGGAUGCCCCUCAAUUUGUAUUUGUAAUUGUUUUUUAGCAGUGUACAGUGUACACUGUAUACCCCUCCCCCCUCUAGCAUUGGUAUUCGCUCUUGCCAGCGAAAAGAUAAUUUGUUUGUUGGUUGUGCAGCAUUUUCGCUGCUCACAUUGUGAAAAUUUGUUGAAAGUGGAGAAUCAAGACCACGAUAAACCGUUUUGUAUUUAAUAGCGCUGUCUAAGUAGCCCUUAAGAUAAGAUACUUAGCACAGUCUAAGCACAGCAAU